AUGAUUGGAGUUUUUACUUUAAUAAUACUCAUUGUCAUUAUAUAUGCAUUGAGUUAUUAUCUUUAUAAAAAUUAUUUUUAUUUUCCACCCAUUGAACAUGAACAAUUAAGAAAUAAACGUGUAAUUAUUACUGGAGCAUCUCGUGGUAUAGGUGAACAAUUAGCAUAUGAAUAUUCCCGUUAUAAUUGUCGUUUAAUAUUAGCUGCUCGUAGUAUUGAUGUAUUAAAAAAUAAAAUUGCUAUUAAUUGUCGAAAUUUUGGUGCCACACAAGUUGAAUGUAUUGAAUUUGAUGCAUCAAAAGAACAAGCAUGUAUUGAACUAAUUGAAAAAACUGUUGAAUAUUAUCAAGGUAUUGAUAUCCUUGUACUUAAUCAUACGGCAUCUGUUUAUGCACCAUUUUUUCAAAAUGACAUUCCAACAAAUAUAACAAAUAUGAAAAAACUUAUGGAUACAAAUUUUUUCGGGUAUUUUCAAACAACAAUGUCAGCUCUUCCUCAUUUAAGUGAAAGUGGAACAGAUAAACAACCAUCUCAAAUUAUUGCUAUUUCUUCAUUAGCUGGUACUUGUCCAUUACCACAAACAACGAUUUAUGGUACAACGAAACAUGCUAUUCAAGGUUUCUUUUUAAAUCUUGCUCGAGAACUUCGUAUAUCAUCAUUAUAUAAAAAUCGUGUUACAUCAACUGUAGCUAUACUUGGAUUAAUUGCUACUGAUCAAGCACUUGGAGUAACAAAUAAAAAUCUUCAUAUACUUUCUGCUGAUGUACGUAAAACAGCUCAAGCAAUUAUAGUUGCUGGAAUUUAUGGACAAAGUUAUUUAUUUUAUCCAUAUCUUUUUGGACUUAUUCCACCACUUUAUUAUAUUUUGACACCUAUAUUUAAUUAUUUAGCAUGUUUAGAGCAUUAA